UUUUCAAAAAUACUUGCAAAUUUUUUAAUUAAAUCAUUUAUAAAAAUGCAUAUUUCCCUAAAAUUAUUUUAAAUUAAAAACUUACAAAUUUCGUUAGAUAUUUCUCCCAAUUUUAACAUUAAAAUUUAGAUGAAACUUUUUGGAGGCCAACCUUUAGAUUACAAACUCCAUUCGAAUUCAGGCUAUAUAUUUAAAAUAAAGUCCUAUAUUUUUAUAAUUAAGUUCUCCAAAUUAACUUCAUUUAUUUAAGACUCUAUUUUUAAAUUUCGAAAAAGCUAAUCAUUUUAAAUCAAACAUUGGUUAAAAUUUAUAUUAUGAAUAAGAUCUUAAAACAUUUUAUAGUUUUCGAUUUUAAAAAUAUUUUAAUUAUUAAAUUCGAUUUCUUUCUAAUAACUUUUUUAAAUUCUUAUUAAUGUUUAUUUUUAAUUAUUUUAUUGUUAUAUGUUUAGGUUAUUUGUUUAUUCGAUGUUUUAAUUCAAAUAUUUAUUAUUUUAUAUAAUUAUUUUUUUCUAUUUUUCAUCUUAUAAAGAGUAUUUGAUUGCUGGAUUAUAUGCAAAUUUUUUUUGGAUAUUAAGCCUUAUCAAAAGCUUUUUUUAUUAAUUCGAUAAUGAUUUUUAUUAUGAAAAAUCGUGUGUAUCGUUCUAAAUAAUAUCAUGUGUUUUAAAAACAGACGUACUAUUAGAAAAUAAUGUAUUUAGUUUUUUAU